GCAAUUAAUUGCUGAUUGGCCAAUGUCGCGAAGUAAACAAGGAAAACGAUGCUCUGGGAAAUCUCCAUUGCAAAAAUUCAAUCAAGUGGAAGUUUACCCGACUUUUGAACCUGAAAAUAUUCCAAAGUAUUCUUAUUUCUUGGGGUUUUUCCAGGUUUUUGACAGGCGAAUACAGAAUAUUCUGAAUAAAAUCGCCUGUUUAACUCAUCUGCAAUUGAAAUAUACUGACAUAUGAUUAACGUUUCCUGUUCUCAAACUACCGUAUGCUUCAUCUACAAUAACUGAAUAGGGUACCGGUACCGUACUCCGGUUGACCCCGGGCCAGAAACGAGAACCGGAGAAUGGAUGCAUGGAAAUUAUUGAAGUAGUGUCCUGAUGUGGCAUUUUAUAUGCCCAAUUUUAUUACUGACAAAGAAGAAGAGUAUCUUGUGAAUGAAGUUUAUAAAUCCCCUAAGCCAAAAUGGACUGUUCUGUCAAACAGAAGACUUCAGAAUUGGGGAGGAAUUCCACACCCGAAGGGAAUGGUGCAAGAAAAUUUACCGAAGUGGCUGAAUGAUUGCUGUGAUAAAGUUUCUAAUUUGGGAGUCUUUGCAGAUAAUAAGCCUAAUCAUGUUUUAGUUAAUGAAUAUAAACCUGGACAAGGAAUUAUGCCUCACCAAGAUGGGCCAUUGUAUUAUCCCACGGUAACAACAAUCAGCCUGGGAUCUCACACCAUACUGGACUUUUAUGAUUUACGUACUGGAAAUGACCAAAGUUGUAAUGAACCAAAGUUUUCUUUGUUGUUGGAAAGAAGAAGCUUGCUUAUAUUACAGGAGUCAAUGUAUGAAAGUCAUAUGCAUGGUAUUUCAGAAAGAUCUACUGAUGUUUUAAACAAGGAUUUUGUUUACAAUUUCGAUAAUCUGGGAGAUGAAACUUUAAAAUCAAAGAUUAUAAGUGAAUCCGAAUUUAAAUUGGAUAGAAAAACUCGCAUAUCUCUGACUAUUCGGAAUGUUCCCAAAACUGUUAAAAUAAAACUACAAAUUGGUCGAUUCAGAUGACAAACAAACAAAAAAACAUAUUUAUGUGUAUAUUUAGUGUAUUGCAAUCACUUAUGUUCAGCUCUAAGCGCAGUAAUCUAUGAAUAUGACGAUUCAAAAUGGGUGAGAUGAUAUUUAAUCUUUCACAACUUCCAAAGAAUGGAUGCCUAUGUCUGAGCAAUAUUGUGUAUAAAUCCUUAGACUUUGGGUGAAAGUAGGGUUGGGACCCCGGGAAAUCCCGGGAUUUAGACUGUAUUUUUCAAUCCCGAUCCUGCAAUUAUUUAUUAAAAAUCCCGUGAUUUUAAGGCUUUUUUAUCCACAUACAGAUAUUCUCACAACUGGUAGGUUAUACCAUUUUUUAUACUUAUUUUGAAAAAAAAACAUCCACGCUUACAGUUUGAGUCAGUCAGACUAGCCUAAGUGGAAUUAUUGUGCGAAAUUUUUCUCAAAUUUGACUAGUAGAAUUGUCAUUAUUGCCGACUUAUUUAAUCAUAAUUUGAACUCAAAAUAGCAUUCAAGAUUCACGCAAUGACUUUACAGGGUUUCUAUUCACUAUUUAAUACAAAAAUAAAACAGCCACAAUAGAAAAGUAAAAUCAGGAAGAUCAACUAUCGUCUUCAUAAUUAUCCGCAUUCCGGGUCAGAAAUGAUAAUAUUUUCAGCUUGGGAUUGGGCCAGUUUAUUUACAAACGGUGACAAGAAAGAUCAAAGCUGACUUAAGAGAUAAAAAUCGGAAUAAAAUCCCGAAUUCAGCUCCAUAUUCGACAAUUCGUUAAAAUUAUUCGAUUCGAUUAAAAUAUACUUUUUUGCCCACCCUUGCGAUCUGUAAUCACGCCAGUAAUCUGGCGAAGCGUGUGGUAGUCAAAACAAUAAUGCAAUGAAACUUGACAAAAUUUAAUAAAUUGCACUACUUAA